AUGAGGCUCAGCCAUGUGCAAGCUCACAUCGAGCAACAGUUUAUUUUAUCUAAAUUCAUAACGAAGGCAUAUGAUAGUUUUGUUGGUGACGGAUUGUCAGAUGUUACUACGAAUAGAGUAAAGUCUCGCUUGUCGACCUUGAAAGAUGACUGGGAGCGUUUCUGCUUGGAACACAAAGCAAUAUUAGUAGCAAUGCACGAAUUAAAUGACGAUGAUCGUCUUGUUAUUCAAAGUCACGUAUAUUUUACUACAAAUUUUUAUUCUCAAACUCAUGAAUAUUACGUUAAUGUAGUUGACAAAUUAAAUUCUUUACUCGAGUCUGAGCAGGAAGGCGUUCCUAGUACACCGUCUACUCAGGUCGCAUCAUUCUCUUCUACCGAAAUUCCGGCAUUCUUUCAUCAUGCGCGUCUCCCACGACUUGAUCUUCCAAAGUUUAACGGAACUCCGUCGGAUUGGCUUUCAUUUAAAGAUUUAUUUCAAUCGCUUGUUAUUUCAAAUCCGACAUUGUCAUCCGUAGAAAAGCUUCAAUAUUUGAUAAUCAGUCUCACUGGCUCCGCCGCCUCAAUAUUAAAAAAUACAACGUUAUCAGCUGAAAAUUUUCAGAGAUCAUGGGAUGCACUAAAUUCAUUUUAUGAAAAUAAACGUCUUCUCGUUCACGCAGCAAUGAAUUCAUUGUUUUCAAUCAAGCGCAUGACGAAGGAAUCUGCCGUGGAACUAAAGAAAUUAUAUACACAAGUUAUGCAAAUUUACCGAAAUUUCGAAAGUUUAGAACGCCCUGUCUCGACAUGGGAUGAUUUUCUUAUUUUUGUCGUGGUGCAACGUCUCGAUUCCGAAUCUGUUAAGGCUUGGGAGAAACAAUUAGGAUCAUCCAAGGAGCCGCCUACUUGGCAACAAUUUAGUGAAUUUCUCAUUUCUCAAUUGUUAACUCUUCAAGCAUUUGAAAAUUCUCGAUCUGGUUUACUCCCACUACAGCCAAAUUCAAAAGCAGUCAAAUCUCAUUAUCAAGGAAAGUCAACCGAAAAUAAAUACACUUCGAAAUCUGUUCCACAAAAAGUCGCGCUUAUCAACAAGCACAAAUUAUGCUUCAAUUGCUUAGGAACGCAUCGAGUCUCGGCCUGUCAAAUAACAAAGCGCUCACACAUUUUACGUAAACUUACUACAUCAAUUCCUUCUACUCAAAUUAACAAACCAUUAUGGCCGCACCUGAAAGGACUGCAAUUGGCAGAUCCGAAUUUUCGUUUCCCUCAGUCCAUCGAUUUAAUUUUAGGCGCCAAUAUAUAUGGACAUAUUAUUGAAAAUAAAGUUAUCAAGGGACCCCCACAUUCACCCACUGCUCAAUUCACAAAACUUGGAUGGAUUGUGUUCGGUCCAACAGACACUAACGUUUCUAGUAAUACUUCGCACAGCUACCAUGUAUCUGUCGAUGAUGAACUUUACAGAUUAUUACAUCGUUUUUGGGAAAUAGAUGAGAUUCCUUCCGUAAACACUUCAUCUUUAUCUUCCGCUGAUCAAGAGUGCGAAAAUCAUUUCGUAUCUACACACAGUCGAGACGCUCAUGGUCGAUACAUCGUUAAACUACCGUUCAAACGGUCUCCUGAUCAGUUAGGCAACUCACGAAAUAAGGCCGUUCGAUUAAGUACAAACUUAUCCAACAAGUUUUCAACUAAUUCUGUUUACGCCCAGUUAUAUUCAAAAUUCAUGUCCGAAUAUGAAAGCUUAGAACACAUGCAAAUAGUCCCUGAAUCUCAACCUGAACCUCAACCUGUGUAUUACCUUCCCCAUCAUGGAGUUAUGAGAGAGCACAGUCUCACCACCAAACUCCGGGUUGUUUUCAAUGGUUCCAGUCGAACUACCUCCGGCGUAUCGUUAAAUGAUCUUCUUCACACAGGAGCAAAACUCCAAACAAAUCUAUUUGAUGUUCUCGUGUGGUUCAGGAAAUUUCAUUGUGUCUUUGUCUCUGAUAUGGAGAAGAUGUACAGGCAAAUCAAGGUCCAUCCAGAAGAUUGGAAAUUCCAACGUAUUCUGUGGUUCAAUCAGAGCAACUGUCUUCGUACAUAUGAACUAACUACCGUCACAUAUGGACUAGCUUGUGCUCCUUUUUUGGCACUUCGUACUUUACUUCAACUUAUUGAAGACGAAGGUCAAAACUUUCCUCGUGCCAUUCCAUCGUUGACAAAAGGGCGAUAUGUCGAUGAUGUAUUUGGAGGCGCAGAUUCCAUCGACGAAGUUCAACCGAUCAUUACUCAAUUAAAUCAACUCUACAUGGCGGGCGGUUUCACUCUCCGAAAGUGGAUAAGUAAUUAUCCUUCCAUUCUUAAAGACAUUCCAACUGAACAUCAAACGAACCUCACAUCGCUAGAAUUCAAAGAUAGUACAGUUUUUAACGCAUUAGGAUUAUGCUGGCAACCAGCAAUUGAUGCUUUUCAAUUUACCUUAAAACUUCCUUCUACAAAACACAUUACGAAACGAUCUAUCUUAUCCACCAUUUCAACAUUGUUCGAUCCCCUAGGUUUGCUAUCUCCAAUCACUAUCAAAGCAAAAAUACUCAUUCAAGAAUUGUGGGCCAUUAAACUCGAUUGGGAUGAUCAUCUUCCUAUGAUGGUAACCAACAAGUGGACCACGUUUCUCAAUACUCUUCAAGAAAUGACUCACCUCACGUUUCCUCGUUGGCUUGGAUGCAAGUCAACGGAUAAAAUCGAAAUUCAUGGUUUCUGUGAUGCUUCCCAACAAGCAGCUGCUGCCGCUGUAUAUCUUAGAUCUACAGAUUCAAAUGGCACCAUUUCAAUAAAUCUUGUGGCUUCAAAGACAAAAGUCGCUCCAUUAAAGAAACUUACGAUACCCAGACUCGAACUUUCCGGAGCUGUUCUGUUAGCAAAGUUAAGUUCACACAUAUUGAAGGUACUGGAAAUUGGAAAUAUUCCUAUUUAUCUGUGGACGGAUUCUGCCAUUACAUACACGUGGAUUAAUAAUCAUCCAUCUCGAUGGAAAGAAUUCGUUCACAACCGAGUGUGUUACAUUCAGGAAACCUUACCUUCCGCACGUUGGAAAUUUGUUCCGGGUAAUGAGAAUCCGGCUGAUCUUGCUACCCGAGGAUUGACUCCCAUUCAAUUAUCGGAACACCCAACAUGGUGGACCGGACCCCCAUGGCUGUCACAAAAUUUCUCAAAGUGGCCACAGCCACCCAAGGUACUUUCUAUUAACGAAAACCUUGAAGAACGUCUAGUUAAGAUUUUCACAACUAAUCUCACGCCUCCACCACUUUGGGAUCUUGUUCAUAAAUAUUCCACAGUAACGAAAUUGUUCCGCAUUACUGCCAUUUGUCAGCGUGUACUUGCUCGAAUGCGCAAGCAUCCACAAUCAUCAUUAACAAUCCCAUUAACCACACAAGAAAUAGACAAUGCACGAUUUUUCUGGAUAAAACAUAUUCAAAAUUCUUCAUUUGGUCAAGAAAAAAGACUCCUUUCGAGCGGACAAUCAUUGCCUAAAUCUCAUUCACUUGCUAGACUAACUCCCUUUCUUGACGCUACCGGAUUACUACGAAUAGGAGGUCGCCUUCAGGCCUCAUUAUUACCUCCGAACGCAAAACAUUCUCUGAUUCUUCCGAGAAAAUCACCGUUAACCUCGUUGAUUAUUUUAGACUCCCAUUUACGAACAAUGCAUGGAGGAACACAACUCACGCUUAAUUAUAUCAGAAACAACUAUUGGAUCGUUGGAGGGCGGGCUCCUAUACGCUCUUUUAUUUUGAAGUGUGUAAGAUGCACUCGAUAUCGACAAAGUCGAGCUCAACAAUUAAUGGGACAACUUCCAUCUGAACGAAUCACACCUUCGCGUCCUUUCUUGCACUCAGGCGUUGACUAUGCUGGCCCUUUCACUAUAAAAACCUGGAAAGGAAAAAAUGCCAAAACGUAUAAGGCAUAUAUGGUCUUGUUCGUUUGUUUUUCGACUUCGGCAAUUCAUCUAGAAUUGGUCACUGAUUAUACCACCGAGGCAUUUAUUGGAGCAUAUAAACGUUUCACCUCUCGACGAGGAAUAUGUGCGACGUUGACUAGCGAUUGUGGAACAAAUUUUACAGGAGCAGAUUGCGAAUUGAAAAGAUUAUUUUCUUCCUCAUCAAAGGAACUAGGCGAGUUGGCAUCCGUCCUAGCAAACGACGGCACUCAAUGGAAGUUUCAUCCUCCGGCUGCUCCUCACUUCGGAGGAAAAUGGGAGGCUGGAGUUAAGUCCGUCAAAUAUCAUUUAAAACGCGUAGUGGGAGAUACAUUGCUCACGUUUGAAGAGAUAAAUACGUUGCUAACUCAAAUUGAGGCAGUACUCAAUUCACGGCCCUUGAGUCCUCUUACGGAUGAUCCUGAUGACCUUCAGGCCUUGACUCUUGGGCACUUUCUCGUGGGCAGUGCACCUUCAGUCAUUCCUGAACCAUCGUUGGAGACAGUAAAGUCUUCGCGACUUUCUCGAUGGCAAUUAACCCGUCAAAUGUUGGAUAGUUUCUGGUCGCGAUGGUCCAGGGAAUGUCUGCAGCGCUACUAUUCUAUUCAUAAGUGGAAUCAACCAUCUCUGUCAAAUGGCUCCCUUGUGCUAGUCAUUGACGAGCGCUACCCUCCGUCUAAAUGGCCUCUAGGGCGCAUAAUUCAAACUCACCCGGGCCCUGAUGGUCUUGUACGAGUCGUGUCCAUUCGGACACAAAAAUCAAUUCUAAAACGACCAAUUGUAAAACUCUGCCCAUUACCUAUCAACAAUGAUAGUCUCUAA